AUAGACUGUUCCUGAGCUGAAGUUUAGAGAGAGAAAGAGAGAUAGUGGUGGGAGAGAGAAAGAAAGAAAGCAAAGAAAGCAAAGAAAGAGGGAGAAGAGUUUCAGAGCUUCAGAGCACCUCCUUCUCUUCUCCUUCCUCACCGUACCUUUCUACAUUUUCCUCUGCCUUUUUCCAACUUUUUCUUUUCUUCCAAGGCUAAAAAGGAUUAAUAUUGAUUGGAGGAUGAUUUGUGAGUGAUUGCUUAUGAAAAAGGGAAUUGAGAAGUAAACUUCAGCUUGGGAUCAAUGGGUAGGAAGAGAUCUGUGUUAGAGUACAAGAACUUGAAGAUCCAUGGACAGGUUUCAUUGGGGUUGAUAUUGAUCUGCUUGGCUCAAGUUUCUCUUGGAGCCACUAGUCCUACCGAUGUUGCUGCGAUUAACAACUUACAUGCUGCACUUGGCACGCCUGUUCUUCCUGGGUGGACUUCUGCUGGAGGAGACCCAUGUGGUGAAACAUGGCAAGGCGUUCAGUGUAACGAUUCUGUAAUAUUGAGAAUAGUUCUUAAUGGCGCUAAUUUGGGAGGACAACUGGGUGAAAACUUGGGAAUGUUUGCUUCAAUACAGGCAAUAGAUCUAAGCAACAACCAUAUUGGGGGAAGUAUUCCAUCCAAUUUACCUGUUAGCUUGCGAAACUUUUUUCUUUCAGCUAACCAAUUCACUGGAAGCAUCCCAGAUUCUCUAGCGUCGUUGGCUGAACUCACAGACAUGUCUCUUAACAAUAAUCUUUUAACUGGAGAAAUACCAGAUUCCUUUCAGAGCAUCACAGGGUUGAUCAAUUUAGAUUUGUCCAGUAACAAUUUGAGUGGGCAACUGCCACCCUCUCUAAAAAGCCUAGUAUCUCUGACCACUCUACAUUUGCAGAACAAUCAGCUGUCUGGAACCCUAGACGUUUUGCAGGAUCUUCCCCUAAGUGACCUGAAUAUAGAGAAUAACCUUUUUGCUGGACCCAUACCUGAAAAGUUGCUGAGCAUCCCAAAUUUCAGAAAAGAUGGGAAUCCAUUCAAUUCUUCUAUUGCUCCAGUCCCUCCACCCACAUCUCUGUCGACUCCACUCCCACCUCCACAGUCUUUUUGGGGACCACCUACUGGAAAACCACCCGGCAGAACACCUGGAAGAACACCUGGGAAACAGGCUGAUGGACCAUCUUCACAAGAUACAUCAAAUUCUGGAAAAUCAAAGAAAUUUUUAACUACUAAAAGGGUAGUUGGGAUAUCAAUUGGUGGGGUCUUGCUUUUUGUUGUUUUGUUACUAGCAAUUUUGUUUUUUAUGCCAAGACGUGGCAGAAGAGAAGAGGCGGACAGAAUUUCCAAGCGGCAUCAAAUAGGUGCAUAUAUGGGUGACAGGGAGAAACCUCCCAGGGACAAUAGUUCCUUGGUUCAACCAACCAAUCUAAUACAGAAAGUUCCGAAAGAGGCAGUUGUGAGGCCCAAAGAGGAUAAUGAAACAGAAACCAGAAGAACAUGGGCAAUUCCAAAGCCAAAUGAUGAGCAAGAUAGAAAUGUCCAAGGGACGGGCACAGUACCAAGGCAAGAGUCUGAUUUGAGUGCACUUGAUGCGUAUUUGAUGCCUCCUCCUCCUCCCCCUCCUCCCCCUCCUCCACCACCACCUGCUGAGAAGGUCAUUGUGAAGCCAUUUGUGCCAACUGAACUGCCUAAACUGAAGCCUUCCACUAAAAAUCCAAACCUUGCAAUUUUUGCGAAGUCUUUUACCAUUGCUUCCCUUCAGCAAUAUACAAACAGCUUUUCUCCUGAUAAUCUUCUAGGAGCAGGCAUGCUGGGAAGUGUCUAUAGGGCACAGCUUCCUAAUGGAAAGCUACUUGCAGUCAAGAAAUUGGACAAGAGAGCUUCCAGUCAGCAGAAGGAUGAUGAGUUUCUUGAACUGGUAAACAACAUUGACAGAAUCCGGCAUGCUAAUGUUGUUGAGCUCAUCGGUUACUGUGCAGAGCAUGGUCAAAGGCUUCUUAUCUACGAGUACUGCAGUAAUGGUUCACUGCAUGAUGCUCUGCACGUAGAUGAUGAAUUUAAGAAGAAACUGCCAUGGAAUGCUCGUAUUAGAAUGGCACUUGGAGCUGCAAGAGCCUUAGAGUAUUUACAUGAGGUCUGUCAGCCACCUAUUGUACACAGAAAUUUCAAGUCUGCCAACCUUCUCCUUGAUGAUGACCUUUCCAUGCGUGUUUCUGACUGUGGCUUGGCUCCAUUGAUAUCAUCAGGUUCUGUAAGUCAGUUGUCAGGACAUCUGCUAUCGGCUUAUGGUUAUGGAGCUCCAGAAUUCGAGUCAGGAAUUUACACUCAUCAGAGUGAUGUUUACAGCUUUGGGGUGGUAAUGCUGGAAUUAUUAACAGGCCGGAAGUCCCAUGACAGCACAAGGAAUCGAGGGGAGCAAUUCCUUGUUAGAUGGGCCACUACUCAGCUUCAUGACAUCGAUGCAUUAUCAAGGAUGGUCGAUCCUUCUCUAAACGGACAAUAUCCUACGAAGUCUUUAUCACACUUUGCAGACAUUAUAUCUCGAUGUGUUCAGUCCGAGCCAGAGUUCAGGCCACUGAUGUCUGAAGUCGUGCAAGACCUAUUAGACAUGAUACGGCGAGAGCCUCACGGCAGUGGAUCAAGUGAAGGUUGACUUCUUUGUGAAAUAAAGACCUAAUGACCAGAUUAUCAAUGAUGGGGUGCGCGCUAGUUGUGACUACUGCUAGAACCAAGAAGAUACAUCCUUUGUAAACAGGCUGCAGAUGAUGGCCCCAAACUAACACCACCAAUAUCUGCGUCACAAGCUUCUUUACCACGACCGGCUGCACAAAGUUCUGGAUGUGAACAUUCCAACAGUCCGAUUUUGGUGUUCGAUACUCUGUGGUCAUUCUAUUGUUUGUCUGUCCUGCAAAGUUGAGCUAACCCAAUUGUUUAGCUAUUAUUAUUUGUCAAUUGUCACUAUAAAUUCUUGGUAGUGAAACGUUUUCAGCUAGCUCUGUGAUGCCUCACGAACUUGGUUUCUACCGAUUCAAAAUGUAAUCUAUUCCAUUUUAUAACGCAUAUACAUCAUGAGUUUUGUAAAGGAUGGGUUAAAUUAGAUUUUCUCCGCCA